GGUUAUUCUGCAGCCCUAGGCCGAGAAAUCUUAACAGUUAAUAGUUAAAACGCUGGUAGAAACUGGACUGAACCCUGGUUACUGGACUCUCCAGUUCAGACCUUCUACGGAGGCAGCUCCAUUUCAUUCAUCCACCAAAGGCGAAUCCAUGUCGAAGUGGUGGCGCUCUGUGGCUGUUGCCGGCCACGGCUUAAGAAACGCGACGGGCGCGCCGAGCCGACGGUCAUAUUUCACCAUUCAGGCCAUCCCAAGAGAGGUCACAGGGAGCGGAGUUUCCGCUAGGGACCGAGCGCAGGGACGUAUCCCCGCCAUCGUCUUCUCACAGAGCUACUUCCAAUCAAACCCUAACGAUCCGAAAUCCAUCGCAGCAACGACCUCCGUGUCCCGGAAACGCCUCCUUACUACUGAGAGAAAGCAGAUUAAGACCAUUCUCGAUUCCAUACAACUCCCGUUCUUUUGCUCCACUACGUUUCCGUUACAGAUUCGGGCCGGGUCGGGCUCCUCGUCUUUGCUAGAAUCCGGGAAAGUGCUUCCCAUCAAGAUCCACAGAGAUAAAGAGUCCGGGAAAAUAUUGAAUUUGGUUUUCGUAUGGGCUGAAGAUGGAUCCAAAUUAAAGGUGGAUAUCCCUAUAGUUUUAAAAGGAGAAGUUGCAUGCCCUGGUGUCAAGAAAGGAGGUCAUCUAAACAAGGGAAGAAGUAGUCUGCAGUUUUUAUGUCCGGCUGAGAAAAUCCCUCCUAAGAUUGAGGUGGAUGUGAGCAAUCUUGACAUUGGGGACAAAGUGCUGAUACAUGACAUCAGCGUCGACCCUGAUUUGGAGCUUCUGAGCACGUAUCCUGAGAUGCCUGUAUGUAACAUUCGGGCCACUUAUGUUGAUAAGUCCGAAACUGUGCCUUAGUUAUAUCCUGAUGGAGUACUAGUAGUAGGUAUAAAGGAGACUUUAUAAUUCUCCAAACGUAAUCUAAAGUUUUGUGUUUUUAGACUAAUGCAUGGCAACCUUCUUGACUAGAGUCUGCAGAUAUGAAACUUUGUUCGCUAUACUUUUUAUUUUGUGUUUCUGAAAUGAAUUGCCAUAUGGCCAUACCAAUUAUCCUAAGUUUCCAGAAUGUUCUGGAAGGCGCAAUCCAUGGUGUGGAUUGGGGCCCAACACCCAACCACAGCCUAGUUGGAGCAGAUGGAGCAUAGAUGAAUUUGGUUGAGGGAGUGCAGGGUAACUUAGCAGAGACAAUGUAGUCACCCUGGGGAAGUAUUAGGGUUGAACAAGAAAACUGAUUGCAAUUUGUAAAUAGACUUGCAUAAAACUGAUUGUAGGGAUGCUUUACUUGGACUGAGAAUUAUGUGCUUUGGUUUGGGUUUGUUUUGGUUUGAUGGUAAAUGUAUGUAUUAUGGAUUAAUUGUGGUUUGAUCUAGUCAAAUCAGUUCAGUUUAACUCUAGUUUGAAUUGAU